CCCGGGGAUGAGGAGGAGAAGCUGGUGGUUCUGUGGCCACGAGAAGAGGUCGUGGCGGUUGACACUCCCAUCGCCUAUUCUCGUGUUCGCAAGCUUCUUCCCCACCUACAAUUUAGCUCCGAUGCUCCUCGCAAGAACAGGUCAAGCAACGAUGCGUCUCUCCAGGCUGAACGUUUCUGACUUGGGCAGAGGAUUUAUUAAGCUUGUGAUCUUGCCAUUUAAUUGGCCAUCCACAUAUCAUUUCCUUUCCCUUUUGAUCCAAAGAUUUCCGCCCACCUGCAGCUCUCAAGAGAAUUCCUGAUCAUCGUAAAUGGCGACCCAAGGACUGAACCCUAGCAAGAACACCAGGAGGGAGAGAUCACCAGAGGACGCCAAGAGUGCUGCCGCACUGGCCAUCGACUCGCCCCGCCACGGCGACUCCCGGCCGAUGCUCACCAAGCAAGCCAGCCAGAAAGCCAGCUGCCUGUGCUCGCCGACCACCCACGCCGGGUCCUUCCGCUGCAGGCUCCACCGGAACUCUCUCCAUCACUCCAGCGGCUCCGUCGGCUCCGGCUUGUCUGAGCUUGCCGAGAAAAUUAAGUUCCGGUAGGGACAUGGCGGUGGUUCUCUUCCGUGUCUCCCAUGGAGGACGCAAGCGUUGCUCAUCUUCUUCCUUAAUCAUCUCGGCGGAAACUGUUCUUUGUGCCUUUCCAUGGAGUUCUUGUUCUCUGUGUAUAUACAUUGGAUGACACUGUAAUCUGUGGUGUAUGUCAUGUAACUGAUCUCGUUCUUUCUCUGUACGAUCAUGCUCUUCCUUCUCUGAUGUUUCUUGCUGUCAUCCACUGUUGCGAGUGAGGAUUAAAGUGUCAGGACUCAGAUUACAGCUUUAAUGGCCUUAUCUUCCAUGAAGAAAAGAGCAGACAACAUGGGAGCCACCGGUUGAUCAUUUAGCGCAGACAAGAUGAUGCAGAUUUGUACGAGACGGCAGACAACCUCAACCAGAAGAAUCACAAUGGAAGUGGACUGCCGCCAUGAUCUCGAUGAGGGAGGAGAGAGCGCCUUAGAGGGCAGCACAUGCUCGACAGCGAGAUCCCAACUUCAGAGCAGGAAGGGACGUGGAAUAUACUUUGUUAGUGGAGUGUGGGGUAGACAACGGUAGGUGUUCACUGUGGAGGUAUCUCCUUCUUCCACCUCUUUGUGGAGUAGCUCCCACCAUGAGGCUUCAAUCAUGGAGCACCAAAGGCGAGAGUCGGGGUGGAGUGGGAGGCAUCCUUUGGCAUUUCAAUGAGCUUAUGAUGCAUCUCACUAUGGAGUUUGUGCACAACAAAAUACUCCAUUUCAAUCAUAAGACAUUGGCCACAAGAUUCUUCUGCCUCUGCUGUUUCAAGGGAGUGAUGAUGCUGCCUGCUCUACUGAAAAGCUUGCCAUGGUUUACCAGUUGGAAGGAAUCUAUACGAGCUGGGGUUGUGACAAAGGGGUUUUCCUCCACUGCUAGCAUCCCCAAUGUUCUUGAGAAUCUACAUGCAAGUUGUGGUUUAGACCAAAGAAAAUUUCUCCACCAGCAGAUCACCUACUUCCCUUUAGUUGAGUAUUGGUGAGAGGCAAUGAAGCCACAGGCUGUUGAUAUGCUGAGAAUGAACAUUUGCAGCAUUUAAAUGGCUGAGGUUCAAGGAUGACAGAAUCACUGAUCUGUAGUGGAAGAUCUCAUGUCAUUUGUGGAAGGGAAGAACCACAGCAGUAAGGAUGAAGUACAUGAAACUUGGAAUAAAGCCAGACACUUUCUACACAGGGGAAGCUACAAGAUCAGUGCUAUCAGAUGUUCCAACUGAUCUCAUCAUUCAUGUUAAUAGCACCAAAUACCUCUUGCAUAAGUUUCCACUUCUGCCGAAGUGCGGUUUCAUCCAACGCCUCUGCUCCGACACCGACACCGACGCCGGCCAAGCAAUCCCGGUGGCUCUUCAUGAUGUUCCGGGAGGGGAAGAAGCCUUUGAGCUCUGUGCCAAGUUCUGCUACGGCAUCACCAUCAACCUCAGCGCCCACAACUUUGUGGCAGCACUGUCUGCAGCAAAAUUCCUGCGCAUGACCGAGUCGGUGGCCAAAGGAAACUUCAUCGCCAAGCUCGAGUACUUCUUCGAGUCAUGCGUCCUCCAAGGUUGGAAGGACUCGAUCAUGGUGCUCCAGUCCAUGUGGAGACAGUCCGGGUGGUCGGAUGAACACAGGAUCGUGCAGCCAUGCAUGGAUUCCGUCAUCGAGAAGAUCCUCAUCCAUCCAUCGCAGGUUCUUAUGCAGCAACAAAGAGGUUUGUCUUCAUCGAAGCUUAUCUUAGAUGAUCAUGGUGUUGAUCUCCAGGUUACAUGGUCCUACACCUACACGAGGCCAGGCUACAAGAAGCAGCGACAUGGCGUCCCCAAGGACUGGUGGACCGAGGAUGUUUCCGAUCUCGACCUCGAUCUCUUUCGAUCCAUCAUCUCCACCGUCAGAUCCACCAAGAAGCUCCCUUCGGCCCUCGUCGGCGAAGCCCUCCAUGUCUAUGCCUGCAGACACAUACCGAGCCCACUGGACUUCCAAGCUCAGAGCUCUGUAGCACGAACUGACGAAACCCCGAGCAAGCACCGACGAGUGCUCGAGGCCAUCGUGAGCAUGAUCCCGACCGAAACAGCAUCCGUCUCCGGCAGCUUCUUGCUGAGGCUUCUUAAGCUUACAAUCUACGUCGGAGCCUCUCCGUCUACCAAAGCCGAGCUCGUGAGACGAUCAGGUCGCCAACUGGAUGAAGUCACUGCAAGCGAUCUGCUUCUUCCGGCGGGCACAAACGCCCAGUCUCAUGACACCGGCAUGGUGAAGGCAAUCCUGGAGAGCUUCCUGCUGCAACUCCGCCGACCGAUGCCCCGAGAGGAGACCGAAAGGAUGACCAUGUCCGUGACCAAGGUGGGGAGGACCUACGACUCCUACCUGCGGAUCAUUGCAAGCGAGGGUGGUUUACCGGCGUCGGAGUUCAUCAAGCUCGCAGAGUCCCUGCCUCAAGUGUCAAGAGAGCAACAUGAUGGGCUCUAUGAAGCCAUUGAUACCUACCUAAAGGAGCACCCGGAGUUGAGCAAGGCAGAGAGGAAGAGACUCUGCAGAAUGAUCGACUGCCGGAAACUAUCGCCGGAAGCACUUGCAGAUGCUAUAGCCAACGACCAGCUGCCACUGCGCACGAUCGUGCAGCUUCUGUUCGUCGAGCAAGAGAGGGUUGGAGGAGGCGGUGGUGGUCAACACGCUCCUGUCAUCUCAUCCAAGAACGAGGUUUCAGUGGCCAAGAUAGCUCAAGACGAGGUCACAAGCUCCAGAAAUGGACCGGAGGGUGGACACAGAGCCGAGAAAACGAAGGUGGUGCCAUCACCAUCCGAAUCCAAGAUAGCAGAAGAGGAGAGGAAGGUGAAGGCUGGAGGACUCGCCACCAAGCUCAAGACCAAGUGAACCAAGCAAGUCGAAGUCAAAAUGGAUGAGGAAUAUGGUGACUGACAUGCUACGAUGAGUUGAUGAUGUUUGAAAUGGCAUGACAAUGUGAGUUUUAUCAUCCUCCUUCUGAAGGAUAAUGUUUGCUUGCAGAGGUAACACAGCAGCCGCCUCCAAAAUCCAUGUCAUGAUUCAUGAAUAAAUAGUACCAUUAAUUCUUUCUCA